UUAAGGUUCCUGUUGCGAGAGCCAGCAUUCUUUGGCUUACUGGAGAAUACUGUGAACGAGUUCCAAAAAUAGCCCCUGAUGUUCUAAGAAAAAUGGCCAAGAGCUUCACUGUGGAAGAUGAUCUUGUAAAGCUGCAAAUUCUAAAUCUUGGAGCAAAGUUAUAUUUAACCAACUCGAAACAGACAAAAUUGCUUACCCAGUACAUAUUAAACCUCGGCAAGUAUGAUCAAAGCUACGACAUCAGAGACCGAACAAGAUUUAUUAGGCAGCUUAUUGUUCCAAACGACAAGAGUGGAGCUUUAAGCAAAUAUGCCAAAAAAAUAUUUCUGGCACAGAAGCCUGCCCCACUACUUGAGUCACCUUUUAAAGAUAGGGAGCACUUCCAACUUGGUACUUUGUCUCAUACUCUGAACAUGAAAGCCUCUGGCUAUCUGGAAUUGUCUAAUUGGCCGGAGAUUGCACCUGACCCUUCAGUGAGAAAUGUAGAAGAAGUUGGGUUGGCAAAAGAAUGGACUUACCUACAAGGAAAGGCAAAAAAAGAAACCAUUGAAAAAUUCUACCCUGAGUCUGACGAAGAGGAGGAGGAAGAGGAUGUUAAUGAGGAAAGCGAAGAUUCUUCUAGCAGUAGUGAGAGUGAAAAUGAAUCUGAUACUGAGGAAGAAAAGAAAGAAGGGCAUGGAGAUACCAGCGUGGAAAGUAGCUCUAGUUCUUCUACUGAAGAUGAGAAUGAUAGGAAAUCAAAGGCUGAAAGGGGAAUUCCAAGAAAACGAACAACGGUUGCGGAAAGGGAUUCUAAAAACACAGAAAAAAUUGAAGUGAAUUUUCAGAAAGUGCAGUGUUCUCCCAACUCAGAAUCUAGCUCAACUGAGGAAAGUUCUUCAGAUUCUACUUCAGAAAGUGAUUCUGAGAAUAAUUUGGAACCUCUUCCUCCCAAGAAACACUUGAAAGAGAAGGAAACUACUAAACAAGAUGUGUCGCUCUUAGAUUUGGAUGACUUCAGUCCUGUACCAGCUCCAACUGCCUUUUGCAAACCAACUAUUCUCUCUCCCAUGUUAGCAGCAGACCUAGAAGGUUUAAGUUUAUCAAGUUCUUCCGUCGUUGAUGUCAGUGCUCCUGUCUUUGUGCCAAUGAAAACUCAUGAACUCCUUCACCGAAUGAGUGGAAAAGGAUUAGCAGCCAAUUAUCACUUCUCAAGACAUGCAUGCAUUUAUAGUGAUCAGAUGGUAUCUGUACAGGUGAUGCUGACUAAUACCACAGACCAGAAGAUAGAGAAUAUCCACUUAAGUGAAAAAAAACUGCCAGCUGGCAUGAGAAUGCACGUAUUUAAUUCAAUAGAAUCCCUUGAACCUGGGAAAUCUAUUACCGUUCCAGUGGGAAUUGACUUCUGUGAUUCUACGCAGGCUGCUAGUUUCCAGUUAUGUACAAAGGAUGAACAGUUCAGUGUUAGUAUUCAACCUCCAGUUGGAGAGUUACUUUUACCAGUAACUAUGACAGAAAAAGACUUCAAGAAAGAAAGAGGAAGGCUGACAGGUAUGAAUGAAGCAUCCGCUACAAUCUCUGUGGCACCACAGAACACCACCCGUCUUGUGAUUCUGCAGAAGGUAACAAGUGUAGCAAACCUCGGUGGGGUUCCUUCUGGUGAAGAUAAUGUCCACAGAUUUGCGGCUAAAACUGUGCACAGUGGGUCACUUGUGCUCGUCACAGUGGAGCUGGAGGAAGGAUCCACAGCCCAGCUCUUCAUCAACACAGAGAAAACAGUGAUUGGCUCCAUUCUACUGCGGGAGCUGAAGCCUGUCCUGUCCCAGGGGUAACCCGCUUACAUCUGGACUUCAGAAUCUGGCACACCACAGCAGUGCCUGGCAUCCACUACGGCUGCCUUUCAUUUAUAAUAAUAGCCUUUCCAUCUGGCAGUGGGGGAAGAAUACACUCUUGACAUUCUUGUCUCCUGUUUUAGAAUGCUGUAGUGUGCCUCCAUCACACAAACAAGUAUUUUGCAUCAGUCCCCCCGCUUUCUAACCAAAGAAACAUGUAUUUUACUGUCACUUAAAUUUUAAAUGUUAGUUACACAUUUUUUCCCUUUAGCCCAAUUUUCCCUUCACUCUAAUUUCAUUAUAAUUUUUCUAUUUUCUAUGAAGACAGAAAAAAGAUGAUAAACAAUGUUACUUAGAAAAAUCAGUAGAAAAAUCAGUUUAAUUAGAAUGUUAAAUAAUGUUUGUAGAAAUCAGUAUGAAAAGGUCCAUCAUGUAAGCUUUUGGUAUGGAAUUUGGGGCGGCAGGGGAGAGUCAAUGGAAAAGAAUAGCAUUUUUAGUGUUUAUUGCCCAGUGGCUAAGUCUGUAUUUAAUCAUUUAUUUGUAUCUGCUUACCAUAGCUGCCAUAACACCUAAACAUUGAGAUGAUAAUAAAGUCAUGUUAUGAUAAA